CCCGCGUGGGGCACGGGCUGACGGGAGGGCCCUGCCGUCUUCCUCCUCUUCCGUCCCCCCGCUGGAAACUGGCGGAGCUUGGCCGGGCCGGGGGCGCGGCGGACCCCGCCGGCGGGAUGAUGCGCUCGCAGUGCCUGCUUGGCAUCCGGGCCUUCCUUGCCUUCGCCGCCAAGCUCUGGAGCUUCCUGCUGUACCUGCUGCGACGGCAGGCCCGCACCGUGAUCCAGUAUCAAACGGUGCGCUACGAUAUUCUGCCUCUUUCCCGGGUUUCGCGAGAACGGCUGAAUCAGGUGAAGAGGAAGAUUCUCGUCCUGGAUCUGGACGAGACCCUGAUCCACUCGCAUCAUGACGGGGUGCUGAGGCCCACCGUCCGGCCGGGAACCCCCCCUGACUUCAUCCUGAAGGUCGUCAUAGAUAAGCAUCCUGUCCGCUUUUUUGUACAUAAGAGGCCGCACGUUGACUUUUUUCUAGAAGUGGUGAGCCAGUGGUAUGAGCUCGUGGUCUUCACAGCCAGCAUGGAAAUCUACGGCUCGGCUGUAGCAGACAAGCUAGAUAACAACAGGAGCAUCCUCAGGAGGAGAUACUACAGGCAGCACUGCACUUUGGAACUGGGCAGUUACAUCAAAGACCUUUCUGUGGUCCACAAUGACCUGUCCAGCAUUGUCAUCUUGGACAAUUCCCCAGGAGCCUACAGGAGCCAUCCAGAUAACGCGAUCCCCAUCAAGUCGUGGUUCAGCGACCCCGGGGACACUGCGCUCCUGAACCUCCUCCCCAUGCUCGAUGCCUUGAGGUUCACAGUGGACAUCCGGUCGGUGCUCAGCCGCAACCUGCACCAACAUCGCCUCUGGUGACAGCGGCUCCUCCUUUCUUCAGGGUUUGGACACAGCCUCUGCCUUAUCCCGGGACCCGUUCCUCUCGCCAGGUGCCACGGCCGACGCCCCCCCAAAACCCACCUUCAGACUCAGCCGGCCAGGGGGAUGUCGGGGGGGCGUGACUCCAAUUUUGACUUCACCCUGUGUCCAUCGGCUGCCCUGUCGUGCCCCCAAUAUCUGGCGACUGGCAGUGACACAGCCGUGCAGAGGGGCACCAUGCCGGGAUGCACCAAGAAAGUGGUUGAAAAUUGUGCCACCUGCAGCGAGUGACGCUUGGACGGACUUCAUUAUUUUCUCUCCCCUCCCCCAGGAUGCUGUGUUGCUCAGUGGGAAGAGCCCCUCGCCUCCUUCCCCAGCUUUCCCAUGGUGUUUUGUUUUUUCCCCAUUCUCCUCCUCCCUUGCAAUCUUGGGGAGGGGGCUGCUAGCUCCACAAAGGAGCUUUCGAAUGACUUCCGGGACCCCAACUCUUUUGGUGGAAGUGGGUUGGCCCUCCUGCUCAGAUCAGUGCGGCGGAUGGGUCCCUACCCCUCCUGGUGCCAGGAUGGCUUUGUUUUUAAUUUUAUUUCUCGGACUUCAGGGACGGGGCAGGGGGUCUCAGAGGAGGAGAGCCGAAACCGGCUUGGACUGAGGGGAAAAAAACGGGAGAAAAAGAAAAGCAAAAGAAACAAAAAAAGGAAAGAAAAACACAGUCUCUCUGGCCGUUCUUCUCGCCCAGAAGGGAGUUGGCGGAAGGUGGGCAGGGCAAGGCUGUCUGGUGGCUGGUUCCCUUUAGAGCUGGUCCUCGACUUAACGUCAGUUCAUUUAGGGACCAAAGUUAACCACACAAAAAGAUGUAAGACCAUGUUUCACCCAUCCCUUCUUUCUCCUCUCCCUCUCUUCUUCUCCCUCCCUCUCUCCUCCCUUUUU